AUGACGUCGACGUCAUCGUCAUCGUCAUCGUCAAACGGAAUAAAAAGUGCAAUAAAAGAUUUAGAAAAAAAUCAGGAAUACGUUAUCGAUGACGAAUCGAGAUAUGAUAACGUGAGUCGUCGUGGAAAUAAAGUACGAAACGAACGGAAAUCGUUUUACGAUGGCGGUGAAAAAAUAAUAAUACCGGAAGAACGUAAUAGUGCAAUAAUCAAAUCUAAAAAUAAUAAUAAUAGUAAAAAUCCUAAAAUAUGGAUGAAAACGAUAGUGAGAGGGAAUGGUAAUUUCACGCCGGAAAUACAAUAUUAUAAUAAUUAUUUACACCGUAGGAAAAAUCCAAGGAAAAAUUAUUAUAAUGAUUACGCGACGACGACGACGCGGAGUCGUUUCCCUUCGACUACGUCGACGUCGACGACUCGUAAACCGGAAAUUGGUAAAAUAUACAUAUUAGCACCUCCGCCGAAAAGAUUUCAUAAUCGUUAUAAUAAAUAUCCUAAUUAUAAUCAAAACGAAAGUGGUAGUAAAAAAUGGAAAAAUGAAAAUUUAACGUGGCACCAGAAUGUUUGGUUUAAUCGUACUUCCGUUCCACGACACGAUUUUAAUUAUUCCGUUUGGAAUAAACGCGAAAACAAUAAAAACAAAGACAGACGAUGA